UUACCAUUGAAGGCUUGUGAAGAUAUGACUAACGCACUGUUUGGGACUCCAUUGUACGCGUGUUCUGUAAGCCAUAUUCCUCACCACGACCUAGCAUUCAACCCAACCCUAGAUCUUCAGACUCCUCCACACUAACAGAGUUUUAUUCCAUUCGCUACGAAUCCUCUUUUGAUAGUCAUCUUCCUACAUUGCGAAUUCAGAGAACAAUUCCACAGGUUCCGAUAUUCUCUUGCGUCAGUGGUGUGAUUUGCCGAUAUUCACUUGCCAUUUACUCUCCAUAUCCGACAAGGAUGGGUGCAACUUCUCCCGCUUCGAUCUGUUAUCUGUAGAUAGACAUACUUGAUAUAUUAUAUACGCGAAUACAUAUUGAUAGACAAACGUAUAAACAAAUAUUGCCUGUUUAGUGCUUGAUGGCAGCGCAAUCUGGAAAAGCUGUGAAUUCGUUGCCGGAUAAUGUUGGCGCCGGCGCCGGAAUGGUAGUGCACCACCACAACCACCCGCAUCAUAGGGCGCAGCAACAGUGGUACCCUCCCCAGCAGCACCAUCAGGUUGACGAUAGGGAUGCCUUCAUAUCUUGGAUGAGGGGGGAGUUUGCAGCCUCGAAUGCCAUAAUCGAUGCACUUUGUCAUCACCUGAGGUUGCUCGGAGAGCCAGGGGAGUACGAAGGGGUUAUUGGGUGUAUACAGCAGAGGAGGAGUAAUUGGAACUCCGUUUUGUACAUGCAGCAGUACUUCUCGGUGGCAGAGGUGGUGUAUGCCUUGCAACAAGUGGAAUCUAGAAAGCAAAGGAGGGGCUUUGAUAAUGGUGGGUUCAAGGGAAGGAGGACUGGUGGCGGUGGCAGAGGCUAUUGGAGAAAUGAGGGAUUGAGAGAAAGCGGGUGUCAGAAUUAUGUUGCUGAGGCUAUCAGUAAUAAGGAUUCAAAGGCCAAUGGUAUUGAGAAGUCUGAUGGGGCUGACAAAGAAUUGGAAAUGAAACAAGCUGACAAGAAAGAAUAUUCUGAAAGAUCCGAGUCAAAUAUUUUGAUGAUGAGUUUGGGGAAUAGUCAAUCUGAUGACUUGCAAAGUGAGGCUAAUAAAGACGAUAAAUGUACUGCAAAAUCUGAUGGGUCUUGUGGUGUGGAGAAUGAAUGUAAUUCCACACAAGUACCACAUGGGAAGCAGAACCAUACAAUCACUCCAAAAACUUUUGUUGGUAAAGAGUUUUGUGAUGGGAAAAUGGUUAAUGUAGUCGAUGGACUGAAAUUAUAUGAAGAACUACUUAGUGAUUCAGAAGUAUCGAAACUUUUGUCUAUGGUAAAUGAGUUGAGAGUUGCUGGGAAAAGUGGUCAGCUUCAAGGGCAAACAUUUGUAGUCUCAAAGAGACCCAUGAAGGGGCAUGGGAGAGAAAUGAUUCAAUUAGGUAUUCCCGUUACUGAUGUUACUGAAAAUGAAGCUGCUGCCGGAAUAUCCAAAGAGAAGAAAGUAGAUACCAUUCCUGUCUUACUGCAAGAAGUUAUUGAUUCAUUGGCUUCUAAGCAAGUGGUCCCCAUCAAGCCUGAUUCGUGCAUGAUUGAUAUCUUCAAUGAGGGAGAUUACUCACAACCAAAUAUGUGGCCUCUUUGGUUUGGACGGCCAAUAAGUGUGCUCUUUCUGACAGAAUGUGAUAUUACAUAUGGAAAAAUGAUUGACUCACACAAUCGCGGGGAAUAUCGGGGCUCUCUCCGCCUUUCUCUUGCACCAGGGUCCAUGCUAGUCAUGCAAGGGAAGUCAGCUGAUUUUGCAAAACAUGCAAUCCCAUCUCUCCAGAAACAGCGAAUCAUCCUUACUUUAACAAAGUCUCAGCUUGAUAAAACUGCAGCAUCUGGAAAUAGUCCUCGUGGCCCAACAUACACUGGACCACUUUCCCCACAUACACAGUACCACCCACCUAGCAAGCCACCAAAUCACAUUAUCCGCCCUUCAGCUCCGAAGCAUUAUAAUGGUCCAGUAGUGUCAACAUCAUGUGUCAUACUGCCACCGGGACCAGCUGCUUGCCCGCAACUACUACCUUCUAAUGGGGUCCAGCCGAUGUUUGUUUCUACCCCCGUCCCACCACCACAGCUGCCUUUUCCUUCCCCACCGGUAGCCUCUGCUGGUUGGAAUGCCACACCCGCCCCAACAAAUCCUCCACCGCCACGUUUACCAGUCUCCGGCACCGGUGUUUUUUUUCCUCCAAGCUCAGGAAAUUCACCAAACCAAUCACUGGUAGUAUCAACAACUCCUUCAGCCACGGAUAGUGCUCUAGAGGAAGAUACAUUCCCGCCUUCUGAAAAAUACAGUGGUGGGCCCGAGGCCUUGAAUCAUGAGGAUGGUUCUACCCCAGAAGGUAAAGUAGAAGUUGAUGUGGAGGUCCAAGAGAAGGUAGAGGAGCUCCUCAAUGGAAACACUGAAAAUAGUCAUGUUGGAGAGGAUCAGUGAAAGGCGACACUGAGCAAGGUUUUUAUAAGCCUAGCUAAAAGUCUAAAACAAACUGGGGAGAAUAUUUUUGGUAAACUAUUGCUUUUGCUGUUGAUAAAAAGUUUUAAUUCUGUCAACUGUAAGGGCUUUGAUGACAGGGGAGGGGGUUAAGGUUUAUUGUCCUACUGGCCUCCCAAUUUUGCAUCCUAUAAAGUAGAGAAUAGGUUUGUUCUCCAAAAUUUGUUUACAGUGAUUUUGGAGCUGCACAAGCCUUUUUUGCCAUAUAUCCUUCAUUCUUUUCAUUAGACGGACACAGUGACUUAGUGUCCUGCUAACCUAGGAGUGAACACUGAUAUUACUUGAAAUCGAGCCAUGGCUGUUGCAUUUCUUUUCAUGUAACCAACCCAACUAUCUGCACCGAAGUAUAGGACCCAGUAACUGGUCAAUCUGGUGUGGGUUACUUUAAAAUGGGUCAGGAAUUGCCAGGCUUGUUUUUAAACGCUGCUGCAUGGAGAUCAUUACACUGUUGCUGAACGGCGCCAGUGGCACCCAACAGUAGUAUUUUAAUCCAUCGGAAUAAUUGGAUUCCUGAAGCAAAAAUUCUCUUUGUACCCACUUUUGUACCCACCCCCACUUUUGUACCCACCCCCUAUUUCGCCUGUGCACAGAGAAAGUUCGUUAAGAAGAAGGCAACACUUUUCUCCCAAAUGCCUGUGUAAACAAGCAAAUGCACAAAAGUGUGUACAAAUGUGGGUAAAACAAGGACUCUUACUUUAUCAUUCUUAUUCGUAUAAUCACAUUGUUACGUAAUUAUGAAUCUUCCA